CCUGUGUAACAGCUGCAACCGAGGGUUGCGUUAGGGACUGGGCAAACAGUCCUGCUGAAGUCAACACUAGCUCUUCCUGACUCGUGUCCUGGACCUGUUGCUACUGCGAUUCCUCAACAUUUGUAGUUUCAGCUUUAACAUGAACUAAUAUUCAGCCUUUCAAGCGAGGGAUUCUGCCGAACGGGGUAAUCGCUCAACGAUCCUAUUGUUGCGACAGCUUCUGUGCGGAGCCUAGCUAGGAGCACAGAGGCAGCACCGGAAACAUGGUGCUGCUGCGCAUUGGGCGAGACUAGAAGCUCCACACAAGCAAACCCGCUUGCGAGGAGCAGCUGCACAGGCCCAGCGCGGAGAGCUCUCUGCGCUAGGCGCCAGCAGCCAUGGCGUCAGAGCCGGUGUUUCACCCGGCAGCAGAAAUUGUGGCAAUAGCCCUGAAGAAAAUAUGCAAGGUUGCCAAUUCUCGCAAGUACUCCAAGCUCCAUGAGGAGUGCAGGCUCUUCCUGGAUGAGCUGCACCUGAUCAUUCCAGCGGCGGGAACAGCUGGAGGCACUCGCCUGCUGGUUUACGGGCGCAGUGACACUGGCUCGACCACAGACCUGGCCAGCCAGGCAGCGGCGACUGCUGCCACCUCCCGCCGGGCAUCAGUGGACGGCCGCACAGCAGCUGCAGCGGCCACGCCACCGCCUGAAGCGGAGACACCAGACACAGGCACACCAAGGCCAGCGGCUGGAGAUGACGCACAGGCAGGGGCGUCAGGUGCUCCGGAGGAUGCUGCGCAGCAGCCGGCGCAGGACGGUGCAACACCCGCCGCGGAGGGGCAGGACGCUGCCGCACCAGCAACCGUGCCGGAGGCCGCCGCCGAGGCGCCUUCUGACGCGCCCGCGCAGCCUGAUGCCUCUAUAGCUGUAGCAGCGCCCCCUGUGCGCCCCGCUGCGCCGCCGGAGCCGGAGCUUCCGGACCUGGUGCCGCGCACGGCGACGGCGCUGCCGGACCCUGUGUGCGACCGCAUCCUGGGCAUCUUCCGCCUGGCGGUGGACACGCAGCGGCCGGAGGUGAUUGAGGUGGCGCUGGACUGCAUCCAGAAGCUGGUGGCGUUCAGGUUCAUGCAGGGCGCCGUGUACGCGGUCAAUGCGGAGCGGGCGCAGGGUGCGGGCAAGGAUGGCGAUGAUGCUGGCGAGGGCGGCCAGACUGGCAACGCGGGGGCAAACCGCCCACAGGCCCAGGCCAUUGAGCUGAUCUGCAAGUGCGAUGAGAUCCCGGACGACAAGGUGGAGCUACAGAUCCUAAAGAACCUGCUCACAGCCACAACCUCCACCACAUUCACAGUGCACGGCCAGGCUCUUCUGCUGGCUGUUCGCACCUGCUACAACAUCUUCCUCAUGAGCCGCUCUGACGUCAACCAGCAGACAGCUAAGGCCACGCUAACACAGAUGCUCAAUGUGGUGUUCCAGCGCAUGGAGGCCGACUCGGUCUUUGUGGAGGUGCGGCCCAUCAUGGUGACGGACGUGCUGGGGCUGCCCAAAACCAACCCCUCGGACGUGGGCUCGCUCACUGCGGUGGUGCAGAGCUUUCUGAACAACGUGGUGAUGGUCACGGCAGGCAUGGGUCAGCAGCAAGGACCCAACGUGGACGAGGUGCGCUCGAGCGUGUCUGCCGCCGUCAUGGACGCCCGCGGCGCGCCGGCUCUGGGCCUGGCGCCAGACCCGCCGCUGCCCAGCCCAGCUGCCUCCGCGCCCUCCACGUCGGCUGUGUUCAAGCCCAGCACCAGCGGGAUAGACCUGUCGGGUGACGGUUCGGCCGGAGGUGGCGGCGCCACCGCGGCGGCGGCGCUUGAGGAGGCCGGUGGCGUGCCCACGGCCGCUGUUGCCACUUCCGCGGGGUCUACAUCGGCUGGCGGAGCGGCGGCUGGCGCCGCCGCUCCUACGGCGGGGGCGGGCGCGGGCGCGGCGUUGGCUAGCGGCAAGGCGUCGGAGGGUGGGUCGGAUGUGCCCGCGGUGGCUGACGCCGCCAGCCGCACGGCGGUGCUGCAGCGGGACGCGUUCCUUGUGUUCCGCGCUCUCUGCAAACUGAGCAUCCGCACCAACGACGCCACCUCCGCCAACGACCCGUCCGCUGUCCGCGGAAAGGUGCUGGCGCUGGAGCUGGUGAAGGUGCUGCUGGAGAACAGCGGGCCCGUGUUCCGCCGUGCGGACAAGUUCCUGGCCGCCAUCCGGCAGUACCUGUGCCUCAGCCUGCUCAAGAACAGCGCCAGCGCGCUGCCGGCGGCGCAGGCGCUGUGCGUGUCCAUCUUCAUGAGCUUACUCACGCGCUUCCGCACCGCGCUCAAAGCGGAGGUGGGCGUCUUCUUCCCCAUGAUCCUGCUCAAACCGUUGGAGGGUCCAGCGGGGCCGCCGCAGGGGGCGCCGGGCGCACCGCAGCAGCCGCAGCCGCUCAACGCUGCGGCGGUGCAGCACAAGGGCGCUGUGCUGCGUGCCAUCAAGGAGCUCACUCGUGACGGGCAGCUGCUGCUGGACAUCUUCGUCAACUUCGACUGCGACUUGGAGUCCUCCAACCUGUUCGAGCGCCUCAUCAACAGCCUGGUGCGCCAGGCGCAGCAGCCCGUGCAGACGCCAAGUAGCCAGGGCCUGGCCAGCCUGCCCGGCCUGGCGGACGGCUCCGCCGCCCUGGCCGCGGCGGAGCAGGGCCUGCGGCAGGAGGCGCUGGUGUGCCUGGUCAACGCCAUGGAGGCCAUCUGGACCUGGUACAGGCACGCGUGUGGCUUGGCGGACCCGGUCACCGGUGCCCGCCGCGCCACGCCGCAAGGCACGGGCGCCCCAGAAGACGACACCGGCGAUGAUGCAGACCUGGCGGCCGCGGCGGCGGCGGCGGAGAGGGAGGCGCGCGCGGCAGCAGCGGCGGCCGGCGGGGAGGGCGCGGCGGCGGGUGCGACAGGCGGCCCCGGUGGUGGAGCAGGCCAGGAUGACCUGGUGGCCAAGCGCGCCUACAAGCUCAAGUUCCAGCAGGGCAUUGCGCUGUUCAACAAGAAGCCCAAGAAGGGCGUCGAGUUCCUGCAGCGCGAGGGCAUGCUGGGCUCCGAGCCGGCCGAGGUGGCGUCCUUCCUGUCGCGGACCGAGGGCCUGGACAAGAUUACCAUCGGCGACUACCUGGGCGAGCGCGAGGAUUUUAGUCUCAAGGUGAUGCACGCGUACGUGGACGCCAUGGACUUCACGUCGCUGGAGUUCGACACGGCCAUUCGCAUCUUCCUCCAGGGCUUCAGGCUGCCCGGCGAGGCUCAGAAGAUCGAUCGCCUGAUGGAGAAGUUUGCGGAGCGCUUUGUCAAGUGCAACCCCGGCUCCUUCAAGGCCGCCGACGUGGCGUACGUGCUCGCCUACUCCGUCAUCAUGCUCAACACCGACGCGCACAACCCGCAGGUCAAGAACAAGAUGAGCAAGGCGGCGUUCCUGAAGAACAACCGCGGCAUCAACGACGGCGCCGACCUGCCGGAGGACUUCAUGGGCGCCCUGUACGACCGCAUCGUCACCAACGAGAUCAAGAUGAACAAGGACGAGGCGGCGGGCGGCGCCGCCGCGCAGCAGGACACCGGCAUCGCAGCGCCUGCACGCGCGCUGUUCAACACGCUGCUGGGCAUCAUGGGCGGCCGCGGCCCGGCCGUGUCAGCCGGCCCCUCCGACGCCGCCAUCCGCGCCACGCUGGACUAUCUGCACCAGCGCGCCGCCUCCGCCACCACCGUCACCGUCACGGAAGCGGACGCGGUGCGGCCACUGAUGGAGGUGGUGUGGGCGCCGCUGCUGGGCGCACUGAGCACUAUGUUCGACGAGUACACAGACGCGCGGCUGGUGACCACCUGCCUGGCGGGCUUUGCGUCAGCGACGUGCUUAGCGGCACAGACUGGCAUGACGCACCUGCGCGACGUGUUCCUCAACGCGCUGUGCAACUUCACGCACCUGCACUCGCCCGGGACCAUGCGGCACAAGAACGCGCUGGCGUUCAAGUACAUGCUGCGGGUGGCGGAGACGGUGGGCGACCAGCUGCAGGAGAGGUGGGUCGACGUGCUUCGCUGCAUCAGCCGCUGGGAGCUGCUGCAGCAGAUCGCCAGCGGCAUGCCCACGGAUGCCGCGCUGUUCCGCCAGCCGGAGGAGAAGGGACUCAAGGCCGCCGCCGCCGCGCUGGGCCAGAAGCUGCGCAACGUGGCCAACGAGAUCCCCGGCAUGCCGCGCUCCGCCGACCUGGCCGACAGCUUCUUCCACCCGCCCACCUCCACCGUGGGCGGCGGCCCCGGACCCGGCUUUCCCUCAUCUGCCGUGCCCGGCGGCCUGGCGGCGGCCUCGGCGGCCUCCAGCAGCUCCGCUGCGGGAACGGGGCCGUACACGCGGUCCAGCACGUCGUCCUCGGUGGCGGGCGGCGCGCACGACGAGGCGACCAUAAAGCGCGUGCACAUUGGCGGCUCGGCCAUGUUCGGCCACAGCGGCAAGGGCGUGCACCACGGCCACCACGGCGCCCACCACCCGCACGACCCGCUGUCGGUGCCGGCCGAGGUGAUCAACAGUGUGGACAGCGGCGACCUGAACCGCGUCUUCCUCACCAGCGGCCAGCUCAACAGCGAGGCCAUUGUGGAGUUUGUGCGCGCGCUGACGGCGGUGAGCUAUGACGAGCUGCGGGACGCGCGCGCGCCGCGUGUGUUCAGCCUGACCAAGAUCGUGGAGGUGGCGCACUUCAACAUGACGCGCAUCCGCCUGGUGUGGAGCCGCAUCUGGGCGGUGCUGUCAGAGUACUUCAUCACGGUGGGCUGCCACUCCAACCUGCCUCUGGCCAUGUAUGCGGUGGAUGCGCUGCGGCAGCUGGCCAUGAAGUUCCUGGAACGGGACGAGCUGGCCAACUACACCUUCCAGAACGACUUCCUGCGGCCGUUCGUGGUGGUCAUGAGGCAGAGCCAGGCUGUGGAGAUCCGCGAGCUCAUCAUCCGCUGCCUGAGCCAGAUGAUUCUGGCGCGCGUCACGAACGUCAAGUCGGGCUGGAAGAGCAUGUUCAUGGUGUUCACCACCGCCGCCAACGACCGCGACCCCAUGAUAGUGAGGCUGGCGUUUGACACAAUCGAGAAGAUCGUGCGCGAACACUUCACGCACAUCACGGAGACGGAGACCACCACCUUCACCGACUGCGUGAACUGCCUCAUCGCCUUCACCAACAACCCGCACUCGCUGGACGUGGCGCUCAACUCCAUCGCCUUCCUGCGGUUCUGCGCCAUGAAGCUGGCCGAGGGCGCCAUUGGCGACGUCAACAUGCUGCCGGAGGGCACUCUGCCGCAGUCGCUGCAGCACCACCCCCUGCGCGUGGUUGCCAUCGACAACAACCCGGAGGCCUCCACCUCGUUCAUGCGCAGCGGCGACGGCUGCGCCGAUCAGGGCCCCAGCGGUGGCGGCACGGCGGGAAGCAGCGGCGGAGGCGGCGGAGGCGGUAUGGACUCAAUCAGUCGCGAGAGCAGCACGGAAGGGCUGCCCGGUCCGCAGGGGCUUCCGGAGCAGCCGGGGACGCCGCAACCGGGGCGGGUCGGACCAGGUGGGGAACCCGACGGCGGCGAUGGCGAUCGGGGGAGAGCCAAUGGAGCCGAGGCGAGCGGGCGACCACCCGGCACCCCGGCGUCGGCGUUCGGGGCCGCGGCAGGCCAAGCCACAGCGGCGGCGGGGACAUCUGUGUCUGCGGUGCGGGCGUCAGAGCCUGGGCGCACGCCGCUCACCACCUCGGCCAGCUACGCACACCGGCCAUUGCGCUUCAUCGACCGUGAUGAGCACGUGUACUUCUGGUUCCCGCUGCUGGCGGGGCUGAGCGAGCUUACGUUCGACCCCCGCCAGGAGAUCCGGCACAGCGCUCUGGAGGUACUGUUCGACAUCCUGCGCUACCACGGCGGCUCCUUUGCGCAGUCGUUCUGGGUGCGCAUCUUCGACUCUGUGCUGCUGCCCAUCUUCGACCACGUGCGCGCCGAGGUGACCGACACCACCACCUUCACGUCCGAGAAGCGGCGGCAGCAGGAGGAGCAGUGGCUGUACGAGACGUGCACGCGCUGCCUGCAACACCUGGUGGACCUGUUUGUGCAGUUCUACGAUGAGGCCUUCACGCUACUGUCGCGGCUGCUGGACCUGCUGCGCGGCUUCAUGAACCGCAGCCACCAGUCGCUGGCGGCGGUGGGCGUGGCGGCCUUCGUGCGCCUGGCCGUCAACGCGGGCCCCAUCAUGAACGAGACGUGCUGGGAGAUGGUGAUCGCGGCGCUGCUGGCCAUACUGGAGGAGACGGCGCCCGAGGUGCGCGACCUCAUCACGCCACCGCAGCGCCUGGUGGGCGCCGCCUCCGCCCUCCCUGCCGGCGUGCCCAUGCCCAGCGGCGGCCCCCAGGGCUCGGGCUCGGAGAUCACGCCAGUGGCGCCCUCGUCGUACGGCAGCGCUGGAAGCGGCGGGCCGGGCCUGGGCAGCUCGCCGCCGGGCGGGGGCAUGAUGGGGCCGCCGAGCGUUGCGGGCAGCGGUGGCAGCGGCAGCGCCGCGGGCGCGCGGGCGUUUACGUUGCGUGAGGGCGUCGGGGCGCGGCGCCUGGCCAAGUUCAGGUGCCAGGCCGCCACGCAGCUGCUGCUGGUGCAGGGCUGCAGUGAGAUCUACGCCAAGGCGGCGCAGUCGCUGCCUCCCGGCGCAGUGCGCGGCCUGCUGGACGCACUGGCGGCCAUGCACCGGCACGCACACGCCGCAGACAUGGACAUGGACCUGCGCAGGAGGCUGGCGGUGCAGCAGGCCGAGGACCGUGUCGCGGAGGACAAGGCAGUGGCUGACCCGCCCCUGCUGCGCCUGGAGGUGGAGGCAGCAGCCGCAUACCUGUCCGUCAACAUGGCCAUCACCGCCGCAGCCAGUGCGCCCGGCGCCUCGCCCGACGCGGCUGCCCUGGCGCGCCUCACCAACGCGCAGGAGCGCCUGGUGCGCCUGUGCCUCUCCACCCUCAGCCGCUACACGCUCGGCGUGCGCCACGAGCUGCACCAGCAGCACCACCAUCCAGGCGGCCCAGGCGCGCCGCCCGACGGCGCCUCGGCGGCGGCGGCUCCACCGCCACCGCGCGACCGGCCCCGGCUGCUCGGCUUCCUGCCCGGUCGUGGCGGGGGCGCACCGCCGCCGCCACCCAGUAUGCUGCCACAGCCGCGCUACAUCGUGGUGGGCCGCACAGCAGGCGGUGCGCCGGUGCUGAUGGCGCCGCCGGCUGUGGAGUUUGCCUCCUUCUCGCCGCUUGCGCUCAGCAGCCUGUGCGCGCUAGGGGAGCUGGAGGAGGCCACGUUCCGGAAGUAUGUGGCGGAGCUGUUCCCGCUGCUGACGCAGCUCAUUCGGGCCGACUACGCGCCGGCAGACGUGCACCGCGCGCUCAGCAGCCUGUUCGCGCGGCGCGUGCAGCCCAUGGUGCUGGCGGUGGCGGGCGGCGGCGCCGGCGGCGCAGCGCUGCUAGGGCUGGGCGGAGCGGCGCCUGGCGCGGCGGGUUUGGGCGGUCGUGCCGGGUGACAGUGUUUGUUUGAAGGAGGUAAGCUGCAAGCUGUGCCAUGUUCUGCCAGGGCUACGCGCACUGGUGUCGGUUGGUGUCUCGCGUGGAGCGUAUUGCCGAUUCUGCGUUCGGUGGACUCUCUUGGCUUGGUCGGGGUGUAGGUAGGAGUGUGUCUUUCAGGGGCAGUUAGGACCGUGGGGGUGAACUUACAUGCAUUCCUCGUCAUGAGUAUGUCGGCUGCAGUAGCCGCACGUGAGCCAUCGGGCUGAGGACGUGUAGCAUUCAAACACUCCGGCUGGUUGUGAGUGCUUAGUGUAAACUAAAAGGGGUAGCAAUUUGCAACCCGGCCUAAAACUGUACAUACCUG